CGAAGUGCCACCUUGUCAAAAAAAAAAAAGAAAAAAAAAAUUCCCCUUGUUUCUUUUUAAUAAAUUACUUAAGCAAUGUUGGCUCUUGGACGUAGUUUGACCCGACUUUCAGUAGUUGCCACACCCCGAGUUGGCGCAGUGACAGUGCGUCACUAUGCCAGUGUUGAAGGAACGAAACGUCAUGCUGGAUUAAAUAACGACAAUGUACCUCAAUUAAACAAGGUGGAUUCGAUCCUUGAUUUCCCCACGGAAAAGAGCACCUCUUUAGAUCAACCCAAGCUCUUUUCUUCUCAUCGACCUGCAGAAGUUGUAUUGAAUGCCAUUACGGAUAUCAUUGAUUCCCCUUUAAGUCCCAAUGAACAAGGUAGUUUGAUGAAGAAGGCGCUUGUAAUUAAGCGUGUGGUGAAUAUGAAUGGUAAAGGUAAACAGCCUUCCAUGUAUGCACUUGUGGUUGUGGGUAAUGGUAAUGGAUUAGCGGGAUAUGGAGAAGGUAAAGAUGAGGAAGCCAGUCGUGCUGUGCGUAAGGCAACGAACCGAGCCAUCAAGAACAUGCGUUACUUUGAACGUUACGACGAACGUACCUUGGCCAUGGAUUUGACACAUAAAUUUCAUGCCACCACAUUAGAACUUCGUUCGAGACCCCCUGGAUUUGGUAUUCGUACCAAUCAUUACGUUCAUGAAAUCUGUCGUUGUAUCGGACUUCAGGAUAUCAGUGCUAAAAUUCGUGGUUCUACUACUCCCAUGAAUGUCAUCAAGGCUACCUUUGAGGCUCUUUCUAGUCAAAAGCAACCUGAGGAUAUUGCUAAAAUGAGAGGCAAGAAAUUAGCUGAUGUUCAACAUGUUUACUAUGGUGGUCAAUAAAAUAAAAAAUUUGUAUAAUAAUAAUGAUAAAAAAAAAAAAAAAUCGUUUAUUUCA